UGGGGUUCUUGCAGGGCGCCGUCUGUCCGUCCGGCAUGUGUUUACGGCGGGUCCGGGGUUUUGUUUUACCGUCCAGUUAAAGCUUUCAGUUCUCAAUAAACAGCCACUGCAGAACAUAAAAGAGUAAGUAAUGCUUAAUUGUGCAGACCUUUGUUUUUUUAAGUGUUUUUUUUGUUGUUGUUGUGAUACCCUGCCCUUGUUUGCUUUUACCCACCCCAUUGUUGUUAUUUACAGAGAAGGCCAAACAAGGACAGAGACACACACACACAGUGUGUGUGAGAGAGAGGAAAGUGAAAGACAGGGAUGUUGACUUAUCCCUCUGACUCACUCCCUAAGAUAGUUUGUCCGAUGGAUGAAGAUGUUAUUCCCCCCAACCCCGUCUGUAGUGCACCUCCCCACAGUGAACCUCCACCACCUCUCCCCCCUUUUUCCUACAUCACUCCCAGCUGCAUAAAUCAUGGACUGUCUGAAAACCGGAGGAGUGGUCGCUUUCAAGGGAUUAGAGGGCACACUCAAAACAAGCAGGGUUGCUCAGACAGGCCAGUCGCCCAGAAACCGUCCAGGCAGAAUCGUUCCCCGACAAAGAGGCAAAGGGAGAGAAUGGUCCAAGUGUCACAGUUUAAACAGCUUGGAGUUGAAAGGACACAUGUACAUGAAAACCCCCACAAGGAUGGAGAUGAUGUCACGUUUAACAGAGAGUGCCAAAAUGGGCCAAAGGACCCACAAAUCCCACAAAGAGAAAUGGAUGUUACUCUUGACAAAAAUGUAGUUGAACCAUCUGAAGACAUUACGGCCCCAAAUCUGGACGCAGCUUUGCCCGACAUGGUUACAUGCGGGGAAUUACCUGCUGCAGAGGAUGCUGGAAACAUAACCCUCUCCAAAGGAUGGGUCAUCGGCCCAUUGUUUCAGUCCCUGAAGUCAAAGAUGGCCAGCUUCACGGAGAUAGUCAUGAGUCCCGUUAAACUCUUCAGAGCCAACAGUCCUCCGCCGUCCAUGGACCAAUCCGACAAACUUGAUGACUGCGAGCUGCUCGUCGACGCAGCUGAUGAAGAGAGUGUUAAACGUCCUGAUCUUGAAGGGCAAAAUGAAAACCAGGUUGCUAAAAUUAAUCAGCACAGUGUUAGUAAUAUUGAAGAUGCACAAAGGGCAGAAAUUGUUCCCAAAUAUUGUAAAAAGCUUGAAUUUGAUAACGCGUCAACGCAGCAGUCUGAACAGACCGCUGAAUGCGCGCUGAACCAGAAGGAAGAACUCCUGCCUGAUUUGAUGCCUUUACCACACCGUCCUUUAGCUUGUGUUGACGCUCAGCAAGUGUCAGAAUCUUUGGACUCCACUUUGAGUUCCUCUUUGCCGUUACGAGCCUCUACCAAAGCAAGUGCCUCACACGAGUUCGAGUUAAAGACAUCCAGGGCUGUUGAGGACCAGAAAGACGAGCCUUUAACCCUGCAGAGGCUUCCUCUGAGAAAGCAAACCAGGAAUAGGUCCGAGUUACACAAAGUUGACAGGCUUCCGACCUCUGGACUCAAAAAGCAAUUGACUUUACCCAAAGUCAAUGACGAGAAGCUUUUUUCUCAGCAGAGUUUGGUGAAAUUAAACAAAAUCGAUUCGUGUGUAACAAACAAAUCACUGCCUUUGUCUACGUCGGCCUGUUGCGCUCUGCCGGACGCAGACCGUCAUCAGCCGGAUGAUAGUGAUGCUCUUAAUGUGGAGACAUGUCGCUUAGUUCGACAAAGCCUCGGCAACAGUCGACGUAACGGUGCUAAUAAAACCUCACAGAGACCUUUAGAUUCAUCGCAGAUGGAGUGCCAGCCGAACUCUGACGUAUGUCCAGUAUCAACUUAUGUACGAGCAAAAAGGGGAAUGACGAUAAACUGUCAUUCCCAAGACUCUGUAAAGAGGAAAAGAGUGACGGCCAUUUCACAAAUGGAUGAAGUGUCAAAUAUGGUUUUAGAUGGUGAAAUAACAAGUCGGCCUAAAAGUAUAAUUGAAAAUGAAGGACUUAUCAAACCUGUUAAAGAGAAACAGAUUAAGUCAACAAGAGCGAAUAGGAAAGGAAAAGGUGGACAAGAAAUGGAUGUUACAAGAGAGGAGGUGAUUAUUGAUCGGAGUAAAGGUUCCUCCAAUGGCAUGUUGGUUUGCUCACAGGAAACGAGCAGUGGUGUGUCACAUGACCGCCUGAAGGGCAGCAAAACCAAACUCAGUGGUUCCUGCAAGACACUGAAGAAGAGAGCAGCUCUUAGUAAUCCUCAUUUAAACAAUGAUGGCACUCUGGCCUUAGAAACUAGUUUGGCUGUCACCUCGACGAAACAAGCUGAGGAGGAACCAUUAUCUGAAUUACUCGUCCAUGCUGAUCUAAAGCCGGUGCGCUGCACCGGCAAGAGCAGCAACACGAACAAGAGCUCGCUGAAACGGAAAUCGCCAAAUCAUGUCAGUUCAGUGACGGAAACGAGCAGCACAUUGAAGUCUACCUCAUCAGUGAUCACUGAGUUUUCUGCCUCUCGACAAGCUAAAAAAAUAGAGAACUUUAGCAGAGGACGGGGCAGGCCACCCAAGAGACCCAAGAACGGUCUCAAACGUGACGACGAGCUCUUGGUGUCCACCAAAACUCCCGAAACAAAACGGGGACUCGUAUGUACAGUUGAGUGA